UUCAAGAAACAUUCUAUUUAUAUUACUAUGCUCAAAUUACUACAUUUCAAAGUUCUCGUUCUCUUUGUAUUAAUUUCCUCGUCUUCCUCAACAUUCAUGUUGCUGCAACGAUGAAGCCUAAUAGAGUACUGGACAGCCGGCGAUUCAUCGCGUCGUGCUUCGUCUUCAUCGUUUUCCUAUGCAUUUUAGCCUCAAUCAACGAAAUCCGAUUCGAUAGUCUUCUAAAGUUAGGUGAAUGUGCGCUCUCUCGUACGCCAUAUCACAAUGCAUCAGUACAAGAAUCACAUCACAUCAGCACAACACCACCAGUAUCUUCAUCUUCAGACGACAUUAGGAUACUUCUUGGGAUUCUCACGCUCCCUGACCACUACCACAAACGGCACUUCCUCCGCCUCAUCUACGGCACACAAUCUACCGUAGGGGCACGAAUCGAUGUGAAAUUUGUGUUUUGCAACCUCACCAAGGAGGACCAAAAGGUCUUAGUGGCGCUAGAAAUCAUGCGUUACGAUGACAUAAUAAUCCUCAACUGCCAAGAAAACAUGAACAAGGGCAAGACCUACACCUACUUCUCGAGCUUGCCCGAUAUGCUCCUAAACGACACGAACGUGCCAUAUCCGCCCUAUCACUACGUGAUGAAAGGGGACGAUGAUGUGUACUUCAGGUUGCAGAGUUUAGCUGACUCUCUAAUUCCACUACCUAGACAAGACUUGUACUACGGGUACGUUAUCCCGUGCCCCAGCAUGGACCCAUUCGUACACUACAUGUCGGGUAUGGGUUAUUUGAUCUCUUGGGACAUCGUUGAGUGGCUUAAGGAUUCGGAUAUUCCCAAGAAGCAUCUCCAAGGCCCGGAGGAUAAGGUUUUCGGGGAGUGGCUAAGGGACGGCCAUCGGGGUAAGAACAGGUACAAUGCGAAAUGGUCGAUGUACAACUAUCCGGAGCCACCUACGAGGUGUACGCACGAGCUGUGGCCGGAUACCAUAGCCGUUCAUCUUUUGAAGACUCAGGAGAAGUGGAUUCGGACAUUGAACUAUUUCAAUGUCACUAAGGAUCUGAAACCUUCGAAAUUGUAUCAUAUACCAUAGGUAACAUACAUUGAUCUGUCCAUUUUUCAUUCUUUCUUACAGUAGAGUUAGCUGUGGAAACACAUUACAGUUGAUUUUGGAGGCUGUUUAUUGUCUAAAUUGUUUUUUUCUUGAAAAAAAAUAUAUAAAAAUAAAUUCUUGAAUGCAGAAUAUAUAUCGGUGAUCAAUUAUUUCUUAUUUAAUUGGUUGCAAUAUCUAUACUACUAAUUAAGGGGGAGGGGUUUAGUAUAAUUAUAUUUUGUAUACAUUUAGUACAUAGACUAAAUUAACCCCAUUUAAAUGUAAAAUUUACAAUGAAGUUUUU